AUGCGUUUCACCACUCUCGCCAUUGCCUUCUUUGCCUGUGCCCUCGUCGUUUCUGUAAGUUUCUAGUUCUUUUCAGUUCACUUUGAAUUAUCUUUUUUUCAGGGCAGUGUGCUUCGUGAGAAGAGACAAUGCGGGUGUGCUCAGCCCCAACAGAGCCAGUGUUCAUGUCAACAGGUCCAACAAACGCAAUCUUGCUCGUGCCAAUCUGCUCCGGUUCAACAACAAUCCCCAUCUUGCUCUUGUGCUCAACCACAACAGACUCAAACUGUUCAGGUUGCGUUGCCUUUAAUUAUUCUUUCCUAAUUCCUAACAUUUUCAGGUUCAAUCCUCGCAAUGUGCCCCGGCCUGCCAGCAGAGCUGCACCCAGCAGUGCCAAUCCAGCCCAUCAGUCUCCGAAUGUCAACCAGUCUGCCAGCAGCAAUGCCAAUCCCAAUGCACUCCAACUUACAAUCCAACCAUCACUACUACCACCACUCCCGCUCCAGUUGUCCAAUGUCAGCCAGUCUGCCAACAGCAGUGUCAAUCCGCUUGUGUCCAGCAGCAGCAGCCAGUGUCCCAGUGCCAACCACAAUGUCAGCAGCAAUGCAAUGUCGCCUGUGAUUCCCCAUCCACCACCACUUCCGCUCCUCAACUCAUCCAAAUCCAGCUCGAAAUCCAGCAAGUCCAGGCUCAAUGCCAACCAGCUUGCCAACAACAGUGCCAAUCCACGUGCGCCCAACAGCAGCAGCCAGCUUGCGACUCCUGCAACACUCAGUGCUCCAACAUUUGCCAGCAAACCGCCCAAGCUACCCAACAAGUCGUUAGCAACAAUCAGAACACCAACUCGAACACUCAAAUGUACAAUCCGUACAACGACAACAACGGACAAUGUGCCCCAGUUUGCCAGCCAGCCUGUGACAACUCUUGCACCUCCCAGCAGACACAAGCCCCAAUGUACAACCCAUACCCAUCUACGACCAGUGCUCCAGCUCAACAGCAAGUUGUCCAGAUCGUGCUCCAAUCCUCGGUUGCCCAGUCCUCUCAAUGUGCCCCACAAUGCGAACAGUCCUGCCAGCAACAAUGCGUUCAGCAACAACAGCCAGCUUCUCAGUGCCAGUCCGCCUGCCAGUCCUCAUGCUCUAGCUCCUGCCAAGCUGCUCAACCGGCUACCACUGCUUGCCAACAGAGCUCGAGCUCUUCCAACCAAUGCUCCUGCCAGUCUAACUACUCGCCGUGUGGAAAUGGACAGUGCUGCCGCAGAAAGUAG